AUGUCGCCGCCGUCGAGUUUAUCGGAGCGUCGCGAUGAAGCAAUGGCAGAAUCAACAUCAUGGCUGGCCAAGAUUCACCCAUACUUUAAGAAUCCGUCGCAUGUUUUGGUGUUUAAAUUGGAUUGCUUGUUGCUCGUGUGGGCUUUUAUAGCUGGUCUUUUCAAGGACAUGGAUCAAUCUGCCACGACAGCUGCAUUUGUCUCAGGAAUGAAGGAAGACCUCAAGCUCUACGGCAACGAAUUGGUAGAGUUUACGACAUAUUUCUCCAUCGGAUAUGCCAUAUUUAUCGUUCCGUCGCAAAUCAUUCAAACUCGAGUCCGACCAUCUAUCUUUCUACCAAUUUGUGAGAUUAUCUGGGGUCUUUUUACCUUAUUCACAUACAAAGCUCCAAAUGCCACAACCAUUUUUGCGCUAAGGUUUUUCCUUGGUGUAUUUGAGUCUACUUCGUGGCCUGGUAUCGUGAACCUGAUAUUUAAUUGGUACCGUCCGGAAGAACUUGGUAAAAGACUAGCCAUUUUCGGUGUCAGUGGUGUCGCGGGAAACAUGUUCCUCGGCAUCCUCCAAGCUGCACUCUACAAGAACCUCGAUGGUGUCUCGGGUCACGCUGGCUGGCAAUGGCUUUUCAUCAUCAGUGGUAUAAUGACGAUAUUCUGGGGUUUCAUCGGUCUACUCGUCAUUCCUGAUUCACCGGCCAUAACAAGAGCUCUCUGGCUCACCGACGCUGAAAAAGAGCUUGCCCGUCUUCGGAUGAGCGAUUGUGGUGUAAAAACAUCCAGCAUUAUUCCGUUCAAGACUCUCGUUCACAAACUCAAGCUUCUCGUCCUGAGUCCAAUAUCAUAUUUGUUUCUUGCAGCAUAUCUGCAAUUUGCAUGGAGUCAGCGCGCAAACUCGUACUUUCUGCUUUUCCUCAAAGGAUUGACCAAUGCAGACGGAACACCUCGUUAUUCAGUAUACACAGUCAACCUCAUCCCUCUCGGUGGCUAUGGUAUUAGUAUAGUUUGCAAUAUUGGCCUCAACGCCAUCAGCGAUUGGAAAGCGUGGCGCUGGCAGGUCAGCGUCGGGGCUGCCGCAAUUCAACUUAUCGCGACGUCUGUUCUUUCAGCCUGGCCCGAUUCUUGGAGGACGAUCAUGGGAUUCUACUUCCUUACUUUUGCCACUGCAGCUUGGGGCUAUGCAUUGUUGGCAUGGCUGGGUGAUAUUCUGAGAAAAGAGCCAGAAGUGCGGUCUAUUCUGGUGGCGAUUGCUAUAACAUUGGUUUAUGUCGGUCACGCAACAAUUCCUCUCCGCGCUUGGCGCGUGAGUGACUCACCUCGGUAUCCAGUUGGAUUUCCCCUAGCCGCUGCGUUUAGCGCUGGAAGUAUCCUUGCUAUUUUAGGCAUUCUGUUUUAUGUGCGGAAAUACCCUCAGGUCAUGAGUUGGGGACUGGACCCUGCUAAUGAGACGGCGAUGGAAGAAGAGGAUAUUCCUGGGACAGAUGACCGAAAGCAACCUGACGAACGGAGCAUUCAGGUGUGA